CCACGAGACAGGGUUCUGAAGUUGAUAAGGAAAAUCAACCCAGAUCUGUUCAUUCAUGAAGUGAUGAAUGGCUCAUUCAACACUCCUUUCUUCAACACAAGGUUUAAGGAGGCAUUGUUUCAUUACUCGUCGUUGUUUGACAUGUACGAAGCGACGAUGCCUCGAGAUAUCCCAGAGAGGCAUCUAUGUGAGAAGGAAAUCCUCGGAAGAGACAUCGUGAACGUGAUAGCGUGUGAGGGGCUCGAGAGAGUUGAAAGGCCAGAGACAUACAAGCAAUGGCAAGUACGGAACACGAGGGCCGGGUUCAAGCAAGUACCAUUAGACCAGAAUCUGCUGAAGAAUGUGGAGAAGAUAGUGAACACAGAAUACCACCAAGACUUCGUGAUCGAUCAGGACGGGUCGUGGAUGUUGCAAGGGUGGAAGGGUCGGAUCAUCUACGCAUUAUCGUGUUGGGUAGUCGCCUAAGAGGCCAAGCUUUGCAAGAUUUUGGAUCAUUCCUUUUUGAAGUUGUAUGCUAGUUAUGUAUUAUUAUGUAGCUUGAUUAUUGUUGGAAUUUUGUAUAUAAACUUGCCUAUCCUUUUCUCCCUC